GGAGCCCAGCCCGAGGACUGGCGCUGGGGAUAAAUCCGGGAGUCAGUGUCAAAACUUGCAGCUUUCUCAGCUAAAAAGGGCUGCUGCAACCUAGGGAAGCCUGCACGCUUGAUAAAGACGCGGCUUCAGUACCCCAAACGUCGACUCCAUAGAGACCGAGUGGCCCGCCGGGGGGGGUCGAUCGUGACCAACCUCGGGUGCUGCCAGUGUUGCCCCUGUGACCGUCUGGUUGCCUCCCGCAACCGGAGCGCGGAAGGUCCGCAUGAAGGCUAGUAGUUCAGCACAGGGCCAAAUGGCCUGUGGACUCUAAUCCAGAGAGGCCGUGGCGCUCGGUUAAUUGGCUGCUCGAAACAGCGUGAAUGAUGUGCAAACUGCCUCUACAGAAGAUUUUCCAUCAUGCCAUCCGGGCAAAAGAACCUCCCCACACGUUACCUAGGGCAGCCUAGUCCCUUCACGCACCCCCAUCUCCUCCGAACAGGCGAGGUCACUCCCAGGUUGACACAGAUAGAAUAUGCACUGCGUCGGCACAAACUACUCAGUCUAGUCCAGAAAGAAGCCAAGACCCUGGGAGCCUCCGACCAUGCCAUCAUUCUGCUGUCCCAUCCCACUUACUACAUGACAAAUGACAUCCCAUUUACAUUCCACCAGAACACCAACUUUCUCUACCUCUGUGGUUUUCAAGAGCCAGACAGCGUCCUGGUGCUCCACAGUGUUCCCGGAAUGAGCCUGCCUUCUCAUAAGGCUGUCCUGUUCGUGCCAAGGAGGGACCAGAACCGAGAGCUAUGGGAUGGCCCACGCUCUGGGAUAGAUGGUGCUGUUGCUCUUACUGGGGUGGAUGAGGCCUAUAACACGGAGGAUUUCCGGCAAUAUAUGCAGAAGUUUAAAGAUGAAGGGUGGAUGCUGUGGUACGACAAUGAACCUUCGAUCCAUUCAGUGCUACAUACAGACUAUCUGCAGCCCCUUGUAGACACUAAGUCUGAGAGCAAGAAUGUAGUCAAACCGGUUCGGACUCUUGUUCAAUAUCUGCGACUUAUCAAGUCAGACACUGAAAUUGAACUCAUGAAGAUGGCUGCAAAGAUCACCUCAGAGGCAUUUUGCAGCACCAUGAUUUCAACCAAGGCUCCAGUUAAUGAGUCUUACUUGUACGCAAAGUUUGACUUUGAGUGUCGAGCUCAAGGGGCAGAUCUGCUGGCCUACCCUCCAGUUGUAGCCGGUGGAAAUCGCUGCAAUACCCUGCACUACGUGAAAAACAACCAGCUGAUUAAGGAAGGGGAGCUGGUUUUAUUGGAUGGAGGGUGCGAGUAUUCUGGCUACGUCAGUGAUGUCACUCGGGUCUGGCCAGUCAGUGGAAGAUUCACAGAGCCUCAGUCUGAGCUGUAUCAGGCCAUCCAUGAUAUUCAGAAGUCCUGCGUCAGUCUCUGCACUCCUGGGAUCAGUCUGGAUAACAUCUAUGCCUUCAUGUUGAACCUUCUUGAACAGAAGCUGAAAGACCUGGGAUUCCUGCAGGAGAAAUGCCAGAAUGAUGUCUUCAGGGCUGUUCGCAAGUACUGCCCACACCAUGUAGGACAUUACCUUGGGAUGGACGUUCAUGACACCCCAGACAUCGCACGCUCCAUAGCCCUGCAGCCUGGCAUGGUGGUCACCAUCGAACCUGGAAUAUAUAUCCCAGAACACGACUCCUCGGCUCCGCCACGAUUUCGGGGAAUUGGGAUUCGGAUAGAGGAUGACGUUUUGAUAACAGAUGAGGCACCCGUUAUUCUUUCUGCAGACUGCCCGAAGGAAUUGUCUGAAAUAGAAAAGAUCAUGAACUGCCGCUAACAAGCAAACAAUGGAAACCUCAUCAAUUUAGGCUUUGGUAAUCAGGGGAGUGACAGAGAAGGUCACAAGCAAAUCAAGCAAUUCUGCUCAGUUAGAGAUGGUUCUGUAUAAAAUGUGAAGAUGACAUCAGCUUGCAUUGUGUCAGUCUGUCUCAGUAUGGAAACCCACAGUGGUAUUUCUACUCCAAGAUAGUUAUAUGCAAAGACGUGCACCAAACCAUUUUUUUGACUGAAAUUGAGAACUUUUUUUUCAUAUAAAUGGACAGGAAUAUUUUCCAUACAAGCAACCUGGAAAUGUUUACGUAUUACUAUAAAUGAUAAAGGGAUCAAACAACUAUCUGGUACCCAUAUGGACGAUGAAGUCUCUUGACUAUUUUGUGGAGAACUGAUACCUCUGAUUCCUGUCGGAGGCUAGCUGACACUAGAUGAUCGACAUGAAUCACCUCUCUGGGAUAAGUUAUUUGUAAAGAAUUUUGGAAACAGUUCACUGAUAAUAUCGGUUUCCAUUAAUGUCUGAACUUCCCAGAUUUUAUAUAUAAAUAACCUAAAUAAUGUAAGUGCUGGCACCUGAUAUAAAAACCAUAAAGUGCUGGAAAUACUCCACAGGUCAGACAACCACUGUGGUGUUACAAUUAAUAAGAAAUUCUGGUAUAAGUCAUUGAUGUGAAAUAUUACUUGUUACCUCACCUUAUUGGUCUGUCACAGAUUUAUAUUAGUGUAAUAAUUUUAACACACCUUACCCCAGACUGUUAGUCUGUAUCAGUAGUACAACUUCACAUCUGUGUGUUAAGUAACACAGUAUUCAUUGCACAAUUGAGUUUCUGAAUAUUUAUACAUCACAGUAACUUCUUAAUGUUGGAGUGUUUUUAGCAAAUCUUUAAUCUACAGAGCAAAAAUGUUGCAGUUAAUAUGAAAAUGAUAUUAUAAUUUUAUUUAAUUUCAUUCAGAAAAGAAAUCACAAACAUUAAAUGUGAGUGCCUUGCUUUUCAUUUAUA